UUUGUAUUUAAAUAUGUUAAAUACUGGUCUGUUAAUUUUAACUAAUCCUAAUAGGAUUUCACUGUUAUUAACAUUUGUUAACAAACAUAUUUUGAAGACAUUAUAUAUUCAAUACUUGCCAGAACAACAUUUAUUUCCAUCAGAAAGUUGUACUCCUAAAUUACAUAAAUUACCUUAUUAUGCUGAAACUGUUGCCAAUAUUUAUAAAGUAGCUUCUCAAAUGUGUUAUAGACUAGACAUACGAAUCUUAUUAGCGCAUUUAAAAGAUCCUACUUUUGCUGUUAUAAAUACAAAAAAUCCGGUGGAAAUAGUCAUUUUUGAUAAAAUUAUUAACUCUAAGACCAUUGAUAUUUUUAUACAAAACUGCAUUGUUAAUGUAUCACGUGAAUGCAAUUAUCUAACAUUUGCUGCUAAAAAGGAAGAUGAAGUAUAUAGCAACAUUGAUCAAUGUACAAGUAUACAGAAAAUGUAUAAAAGUGUUGUUUUGGGUGGUACAUUUGAUCGUUUACAUAAUGGACAUAAAAUCUUUUUAAGCGAAGCCGUUUUGUAUUCUAAAGAAAAACUUACAGUUGGUGUAACAGACACAAAAAUGUUAACCGGAAAAUUGCUAUGGGAGUUAAUAGAACCAUGUUCUAAAAGAAUAUCAAAAGUAAAAGAGUUUUUAGAAGAUGUAGAUCCAUUAGUUUCGUAUGAUAUUGUUCCCAUUAAUGAUAUGUAUGGUCCAACUAAAGAGGACCCUACCAUGGAAAUGUUAGUAGUCAGUGAAGAAACUAAACGUGGUGGAGAUAAAGUUAAUUCUUUGCGGUUACAGAAAAAUUUAAAUGAAUUGGUUAUUCAUGAAGUAAAAUUAUUAUUUGAUGAAAAUCGCAAAGAACGCGAAGAAAGUAAAAUUAGUUCUAGUAAUCAAAGAAUGAGAUUACUUGGUACAAGAUUAGGAAAUGUUAUAAACAAAAAUAAAACACUUAAACCUUAUAUUAUUGGAUUAGUUGGUGGUAUAGCAAGUGGUAAAUCAUCAAUUGCUGAGGAAUUAGUAAAGUUUGGUGCUGGAUUUGUGAAUUGUGAUAAAAUUGCACAUGAAUUGUAUCUUCCUAAAACCAAAGGUUUUGAAAUAGUAGUUUCACAAUUUGGUAAAAAAAUAGUUGAUGCAGAUGGCCUUAUUAAUAGAAAAGUGCUUGGAAAUAUUGUAUUUAACGAUAAGAAAGAAUUAGAUAAACUAAAUAAAUCAAUAUGGCCUAUAAUCUUGGAAAAGGCUAAAGAGAAGAUACAAAAUUUAUAUAGUGAAGGAUAUAACAUUAUUUUAAUGGAAGCAGCAGUUUUGAUACAAGCUAAUUGGCAAAAUGAAUGUCAUGAAAUUUGGACUUGCAUUAUUCCACCAGAAGAGGCCAUUAAAAGAAUUGUAAAAAGGAAUGAUUUAUCAGAGGAUGAAGCAGAAAAAAGAAUAAAAAUGCAACCAAGUAACGUAGAUCUAGUUAAAGAAGCUAACGUUGUUUUCUGUACAUUGUGGGAUUAUGAUUUUACAAAGGAACAAGUGCAAAAUGCAUGGAAUGAAUUAACAGAUUAUAUAUCACCAUAUGUAAACUAUUAAUAUAGCGAUGUUUUUAAAAAUAAAAAGGGGAAUAAUAUAUAUGUUUAA